UUAAGAAUUUCAAUGGAAAAAACCUCAUUGGAGGUGCUCUAAAAACUUCAAUUACCUCAUAUACUUCUUGAUAACGUGACGUAGCUCACCAUCGUCAUGGUAUAAUGACUAGUUCACUACCGUCAUCUAUCAAAAAUUAAAACAGUGAUGAUGCGUAAUUGGUUCUCUAAGCAGCAGUUUUCUUAUGACUUAUUCAAAGUCAAUAUACAGCUUUUGAAGACUUACCAAUUAAAUAAGAUCUAUCACAAGAUGCAUUCACACAUUUACGUAUAUAAUAUAUAUACAUAUAUAUAUAUACAUAUUACACUUUUGUUGUCUAUCCUCUCUACAUCCCUAUAUGUAUCUUUACUUAUAAGCUUUUGCUAAACCCAAAAAUGGAAAUUAAAAUGGUUUCAAAAGCCAAAAGACUUCACUUUGUUCUGAUCCCUCUCAUGGCUCAAGGGCAUCUGAUUCCCAUGGUUGAUAUCUCCAAGCUUCUUGCGCGACAAGGCAUCAUUGUUACCAUAAUUUCAACACCUCAGAAUGCUUCUAGGUUUGAGAAGACACUUGAUAGGGCGAGAUCGGAGUCAGGUCUCGAGAUCAACGUUGUAAAAUUUCCUUUUGCUUACAAAGAGUUCGGUCUUCCCAAAAAUUGUGAGACUCUUGACACUUUGCCCUCCAAAGACCUCCUACGACAAUUCUAUGACGCUGUGGAUAAACUUCAGGAGCCAUUAGAAAUGUUCCUUGAGGGACAAGAAACCCCUCCAAGUUGCAUAAUCUCCGAUAAAUGCUUUUCUUGGACGUCAACAACUGCUAAAAGGUUCAAAAUCCCGAGGAUUGUGUUCCAUGGAAUGUGUUGUUUCUCUCUUUUGAGUUCGCACAACGUCCAUCUUCAUAGCCCUCACCUCUCGGUUGCUUCAGACUUAGAGCCUUUCUCUAUACCAGGAAUGCCACAUAUGGUCGAGAUAGCUAGAGCUCAGUUACCUGGUGCUUUUCAAAAGUUAGCAAAUAUGGAUGACGUUAGAGAGAAGAUGCGUGAAGCUGAAUCAGAAGCCUUUGGGGUGAUAGUUAAUAGCUUCCAAGAACUGGAGCCUGGCUAUGCAGAGGCUUACGCUGAGGCCAUCAAGAAGAAGGUAUGGUUCGUUGGACCCGUUUCUUUAUGUAACGAUCGUAUGGUGGACUUGUUUGAUAGAGGAAACAACUGUAACAUAGCUAUAAGCGAGACAGAAUGCUUGAAGUUUCUUGAUUCGAUGAGACCAAGGUCAGUAUUAUAUGUUUGUCUAGGUAGCCUCUGUAGGCUAAUACCUAAUCAAUUGAUAGAGCUAGGGUUAGGGUUAGAAGAAUCUGGUAAGCCCUUUAUUUGGGUGGUCAAGACGGAGGAAAAACACAUGAAUGAGAUAAAUGAAUGGAUGAAACGCGAAAUGUUCGAAGAGAGAGUUAGUGGAAGAGGGAUAGUGAUAAAGGGUUGGAGUCCUCAGGCUAUGAUACUUUCACAUGGCUCUACUGGAGGGUUCUUGACGCAUUGCGGUUGGAACUCGACGAUCGAAGGGAUAUGUUUUGGUGUACCAAUGAUCACAUGGCCAUUGUUUGCUGAACAGUUUCUCAAUGAGAAACUUGUUGUGGAGGUAUUAAAGGUUGGGGUUAGGGUUGGGGUGGAGAUCCCGGUGAGAUGGGGAGACGAGGAAAGACUUGGAGUGUUGGUCAAGAAACAUAAUGUUGUGAAAGCUAUAAAGCUUUUGAUGGACGAAGAUUGUCAACAUGCAACUGAAGAUAGUGAAUUCUUGAGACGUAGGACACGUAUUCAAGAAAUUGCAGUAAUGGCGAGAAAGGCUGUGGAACUGAAAGGAUCUUCGAGUAGUAAUGUUUCAUCCUUAAUCCAAGAUGUCUUAGACCAAUUGAGUCUCGAAUAGAACAGUCUAAGUUAUAUAAUAACGAAAGGACAUCUUAAUAUUGUUUAGAACAAGAAAAGUUGCAAUAUUACUACAUGAAAAUGUUCAGAAGUAAGAUAUUUAUUUUCUAACAUAUUUCAGAACUAUU